AUGUCCUCUCGAAACUUCGAUUUGGAAUAUGACGACUAUCUAAAGCGUCGUGGAUCGCAAUUACCGCCGAAGAAGUUCACACCAGCCGAUGAGGAGAACGAGGCGAAAGCUAAGAAACAAGUAAAACAGGAUUAUGGAUUACCCAAUAAUGAGUACUUCAUGCAAGGCUAUCAAGAGAAAUCCGCCGAUGUCGGCUCGGACCCAAUUGGUGCAGUCCGCACACUUCGCAACAAUCUAAGAGUGAUGUCUCUUGAGCACAAGGACAAAGAUGAACCAGUCAAGUCGUUCCUCUGUCAAUCCGCAUGCGACGAGCUCACCAAAACCGAGAAGAAGCUACUCGAAAUGUCGAAUCGGCGAUCCGACGCGAUAUUUCGUGGCGACACCGAUUCAGCGCAGAAAAUCGCCAACGAUAUGGAGAGGGUGAAAUCGGAUGCAAUUCGCAACGCCUACUCGGACCUAAUGAUCGAUGAUAAACAGGUAGAGCGCAAAAUGGGCAGAGUUCCGACAAUGACUUAA